AGGGACGGCAGGAGGGGAGGGGUGGGGAGGCUCCGCCAGGGGGAGGAGCCGCUCCCCGAGUCCCCAUGCCGGGGCUCCCUCGCAUCGCGGCUCCGCUAUAAAACCCCGGCGGGCAUGCUCGCAGCACCUCCCCGCGGCCUCCUGGGCGAGCGACCCCCGGCUCGGUGGCGUCUCGGCUCCCGCGCACCAUGCAACUGCUCCUGGCGCUCCUGGCUCUGGCCGCCGCCGGGCACUGGGCCAGCUCCGCAGAUCUACACUGGUGCUACGAUAUUCAAAAGAUACAUGACAGCAGCUGCUUGGCGCCUGAACAAUGGGAGUGGAAUUGCCAAAAGAAACGCCAGUCUCCCAUUGACAUCAAAACCUCCGAGGCAAAGGUGAACAGUGACCUGAGUCCCUUCUCCUUCUCUGGUUAUGACAAGAAAGGGAAGUGGAGCGUCACCAACAACGGGCAUACAGUGAUGGUACAGCUGGACGGGCAGGCCUGGAUUGAGGACGGAGGACUGGACUCCAAGUACCAGGCCACGCAGCUGCACCUGCACUGGUCGCAGGAGCCGGGCAAAGGCUCUGAGCACAGCCUGGACGGGACAUUCAAGGCCAUGGAGAUGCACAUAGUCCACCAGAAAAAGCGGGGGACCUCCAGGAGCCGGAGAGCCCUGCAGGACACCCAGGAGGACAACAUCGCUGUGCUGGCCUUCCUGGUGGAGGCUGGACCCCAGAAUGAUAACUUCCAGCCUCUUGUGAAUGCCUUGUCUGCUAUCUCCAAACCCAAAAGCAACACCACCAUGGCAGAAGAGGUCAGCCUGUUUGACCUGCUGCCCGAGAAGGAGAAGCUAAAGAACUAUUUCCGUUACCUGGGCUCCCUCACCACCCCGAGCUGCGACGAGACGGUGGUCUGGACUGUUUUCCAGGAGCCCAUUCGACUUCACAGCCAGCAGAUCUUUGCCUUCUCCGAGAAGCUGUUCUAUGAUGAUCAAAAAAAAGUGAAUAUGACCAACAACUUCCGGCCCUUGCAGCUGCUGGAAGGGCGUGUAGUUUACAAGUCCAGGGCACCGGAGCAGCUGCUGCCCUUGGCCCUGACCACCCUGCUGGCGCCCGCGCUUACCUACCUGACCGUUGGCUCCCUCUGAGCAGGGGGCCCUUCCAGAUGUUUGGCCUUGGCUUGGGCCUUAUACCUUAAAUUUCCCAGGUUGGACUCAGUGGGUGAUGAAAACAUCGAUAUAUAUAUAUAU